AUGCCACCCAAAGCCACCCCCGACGCCAGCCAAAAAAUGUACUCGGCCGACGUCGUCGCCGCCGUCCUCUGCAGCACCGGUACCACCAGCCUGUCCAACAAGAACUACGAGAUGAUGAGCGCGCUCGACGGCAAGAAGACGGCAAGUGCAUUCCAGCAUGACUUCCGGGCCGUCAUUGCCAAGGCCAAGGAACUCAAGGCGCGGGUUGAGGAGGGCGAGGCGUUUGAGCCUGUUGCGCCGGCUAGUCAGCGUAAGGGCAAGAAGUUAGCCUCCACCCCCACCACCCCCAAGAAGCGCAAACCCACAUCCACAUCCCCCGACUCCGACUCCAACUCCAACACCAACACCCCACCCCCCAAGAAGAAGACCAAGACUCCCACGCCCAAGAAACCCACCACCACCACCACCAACACUACCGCAAAGACAACCCCGACUUCAAAGACCAGCAACGACGCCGACGAGGCUCCUUCCCCCCCACUCGACGACGACGAGGAGUUGCAGUUUGCCACUGACGAGAAGAUGCCGUUUGACGUGGACACGUUCAUCAAAGAGGAGAUGGAGUGGGAGCACAACUUUGGUGAGUUUGCUUAG